AUUGCCAGAUGUGCAUAUUAUGCUAACAGGGAGGGAGACCCGUCUCUCUACAUCAAUCUACAUAAAUUCUUUUCGAUUUCAUCAUUUAUAUAUUUUAUACUGACAUAAAAGAAUUAUAUAUACUUGCACAUUUUUUUUUGAUAGAUAGCAAUUUAAUCAAAUUUCUAGUGUCUCGGCUUCCAAGGUAAUAUCGGGGUAUGUGAAAAUAUGAUUUAAGUAACUGCGCGGAGUCACGGAAAAUAAAUCUUAUAAAAAUGACGUGGUGAAGAUACGCUUAUCGUUUGAUGAAAGUGUCGGAGGAAUUGUAAGAGGUAGAAUGGAGGAAAAUACAAGUUCACAAAAUGUUUGGCAUAAAGGUAAGCCUGAAGAACAAAAUGAGCUAUUUCAAGCAGAAUCUACAACUGCGUCUGUAGAAGCUCAUUCUACAUCGUUAGCUGAUAUAUUUGAUACGGCAUUUACAUCAACAGUUGAUCCAUCUCCGCAAUCUCGGUUUCCUACUGGUAAUGAAAUGGAGUAUGAGCAUUUAUUUGCAGACAGUGAUAUUGAGGAAUCAGAAGUAGCAGCUAUAGAUCCUUAUACAAAUUCAGCUCAUCCUACUACUUCUGAUAAUAAUUUUGUUUAUGGGAAUUAUUUAACACCACCAGAUACAACUAGUGAUUCACAGGAAUAUUGGCAAUCUAAUCUUUUAAAUUGUAAUAUGUGCCAAAAUAAGCAAGAAAGAAAUUCUAAGAAAGAGCCAUCAAUUCGACAGUUGAAUAAUUCGUGCGAGGAAAGAUUAUGUGAUAAUUAUAGGACAAAAAGAAUUUUGCAUGAUCGUGAUUUGGCAAUCAAACAUAAAACUAAAAGAAGUGAAGAGCAAAAGUUAUUGAGUGGUCAACAACCAGAUAAUUUGAGUAUAGCUGGACCAUCUAGAUUAUCAGAUCAUCCUAUUUCAAACAAUAUAACAACAGCAGAUAUCCUAGAAAAUGUAGGAGAUCAUAAUUUGAGUUUGGCUAUUAGUUUACAUCGUGAAGCAUAUAAUUCAAAUGUAUUACCUCAUCAAGAAGUGAAAUCGGUGCAUACAUCUCAAAAUGAUGACACACCAUCUGCACCAGAUUUGCAACUAGAUUGGUCGUCUAGUAGUGAUAGUGAUGAUGAAGAUAGUUCAGUUGAAGUACUUGGUACUGUUAAUCAUAAUGUCAAGAAUUCCUUAGAAAAUACAAAUGAAGAUAAUCGUACAGUUACUGUAGUUGAUUUAACUGUAGAAUCUGAUGAAGAACAUACGCCGUCAACAUCGGCAAAUCCUGUAGCUAACAAUCCAUGGUUGGCAGAGUAUAAUAGAAGUAAUCCACACUGUGCGCGUAGAUUCCCAGGCAUGGAUUAUUGGAAUUUAACACAUCAUACUAACAUGCAUAAUAGAGGCACGUAUCAUAAUCACAGAAUGCUUGCUCACUCACGUUAUGGAUCUGUAGGAGAUGCAUCUACGAACGUAACGAGAUCACGCAUGCAUCCACUUCAAGAGAGAUUGUGGAUAAAUCAACAACGUAUGCAAGAAGCACAUAGACGAAGACUUUAUCACAGAUUUUCGUCGCAUCACGUCGCUAAUACAGGACCAUGUAACUCUCAUGUACAUUCAUCGACGUAUGUCGCUCGUAGAAGCGGCGAAAACAGCAGUCCUUCGAAUGCUCGUUGUAACAAUGGAACAGAUAAUACAGCAUAUACAGAAAAUUAUCUUCCACCUAUUUUACCGCCACCGCAACAACCUACUGUGUAUAGCCAUCCUGAGGCUCGAGGGCCACCUAAUUUCUAUAGAGGAUCAUGCCCUGUGCUACCUAUAAUUGUGAAUCCAUUAAAUGAGGUGGAAGAAAUGGAGCAGACUCCUCCAGUGAUGUUGCCCUCAAUGCCAGUACAUCAACAUGUACAUCAUCAUAUGUAUCACUAUGAUCCGCAUCAACGGCCGUCGCAACGUAUGCAUCACCUUCAUAUUAGUUUCCAUCCUCAUAUGCAAGGAUCUGGAACACAUGAUAUGAUGCCGUUUCCACCGUUGGGUCUAUCAGAUUUUGUAUUGCAAGGAGCACGUCACAUGUCUGCUCGACUAGACAAUUAUAUGCGCAUUGUUGAUUUGCGACGUAUGGGUCAUAUAAAUUGUGGGGCUACGCAAGAAUCUAUUGAAAGCCACACAUUCCCACAUAAAUACAAACGGGUAAAAAAAGUCGAGAAUGGGGAAGAUGCUAUCGAGAAGUGUACAAUAUGUUUAUCCGAAUUUGAAGAUUGUGAAAGUGUCAGGAGGCUUCCAUGUAUGCAUUUAUUUCAUAUCGAUUGCGUUGAUCGAUGGUUAUGCACCAAUAAACGUUGUCCUAUAUGUCGAGUAGAUAUUGAAACUUUUCUCCAUAAGGAAUUUACUACUGCGACAUAGUUUAAGGUUUUUCAUAUCUGCCUCUUUUUAAAAUAUGGUCCAUCCAGGAGAAAUUGUGCUGGGUUACCACUAUUACUAUGGAUUAAUAAUGUAAAAAUGUUAUGGAUAAUCAAAAUAACGAAACAUGAACUGAGUUCCUGAAGAAGACAAGAAGAGUUGUCAGCUUCAAUUUUAAUACAUCUCUGACUGCGGUUGGUUUUAUGCAUAAUAAUAAUAAUAAAUAUAUUGAAGACUCUAAAUUUGUUUAUA